AUGUCACAUCUCCACGACGCCGUCGUUGAAAAGGCGCAGAACGUCGCUCGAGAUGCGAAAGAAACCCUCGGGAAGCGCGAACAAGAGCUGGAAUCUGAUGAACGACGGGAUGUCGGCAUCGGCAUCGAUGAGUUUGUGCCCAGUGCGAAUGACAGGUGAGCGCGCGCGCCUAGUAUGAUGGACCUCGAGUGACUCUUGCCCGGCAGGUAUGCCUUCAAUACCGGCCCCGAACUCGACAGACGCGAUGGGGGAGAGAAGGACGAAUAG